CCAGGAGAUAAAACUGUGGGUACGCAGAUGUGAGCAUUUGUGAGCCGAAGGGAAAGGCCGUUGCUGUGAGCAUUUGUGCGCUGGACAUUGCUCAAGACUCUCCAUGAUUUGAUACCCCUUUUGCGCUUUUUCCCUGACAGCACCACAGUUUCAGUGCUAUGCCGUGCCAUGUACGACGGCCGACACCGCUGGAAGAGCAUUCGAAGUCACUUCAAAACAGCACCGGAGAUGCCGAGCCGAUGCUGUUCCCAAUGUACACCGUGCCUGUGAGUGCAAUCCUGUCCAUGACAACCCUGGAACCUCAUGAGGCACUGAAGCUGCAAGGCCUGCUGGUUCAAUUUGACAAGACUAUGGGCAAGGCCCUGUUUGUGUCACACCAGUGGGUGGGUAAACGCCAUCCAGACCCCGAUUUCAUCCAGUUCAGUGUGCUACAAGAUGCUUUGAGGCAUCUCAUGUCCGAAGUGCAAUAUAUAGAACUGGACGUCCGGACCGAGGUUGCUUUGCCAAGUGCCAAGCCUUUCGCGACUGCAGAGCUGAAAUCGGCCCCUCUCUUUGUUUGGUAUGACUACUUCUCCUGCCCACAGCUGGAGCAUUUAGUUUCGCACAAGCUUGUUGAGAGCGGACUGAUGAGCGACCUCGCCAAGGCGGUGAACAGCAUUCCGCUCUAUGUCGCUCAAUGCUCCUUCUUCUUUGCACUUUGCCCGGUCAUCGAAAGCGAAGACCAUUCCAAGUUGCUCGGCCCCCAGAGCUGGGCAUCCCGAGGCUGGUGCCGCAUUGAGAGGUGUUGUCGGGAGCUCUCUCCAGAAGGCUCCUGGGUCCUGAUCCGGAGUGCCAAGCAGAUGGAGUUGAUCUGCUCUCCACUAGCCACUCCAGGGUCUGGGUCGCCGGGUGAAGGCCAGUUCACUGUGGAGGAAGACCGCCAGAGGCUCGGGCCGAUUCUCUUGAAGACCUUGCAGCGAAAGCUGCGAUUCUUGCUGCAGUCAGGAGACCUUGUGGGAUAUAGGGUCCUUUUGAACCAUCAACCUCUUUUUCUAAGGGGUUUUCAUGUGCCGGCCAUGUAUGACCUUGUUCCUGGCUUUGACGCCGACCCCUUCAAAGAUGGUGCCCUGACCGUGUCCAAGUUCCUCUACAACAACGGCUUCAGCAAGGUGACGGAGGUGGACCAGGUUGGUUGGACCCCCUUGCAUUAUGCUGGUUGCCGUGGUGAUCCUGACUUGGUUCGAGCCUUGCUGGCACAGCGUGCGAACCCGAAUGUCAAGGCUGCGAAGGACAAUGUCAUGGCAGGAGCGCUGCCCAAAUGGAGGGUGAUGACGAGUGUUGCCGCCUGCAGACAUCAUGAGGUCGCCCGCAUUUUGAUAGAGGCCAAAGCUGAACUGAGCGGGACACAGUUGGUGGGAGCAUGCAUCGGCAAUGAUCCCGAGGGAAUCCGACUCCUUUGUGAAGUGGGUGGUGUGAGCCCUCAUGCCGCGGAUCACGAGGGUGGAUAUGGAGUGCUGGCGAUUAAUCUUGCUUGCAUGUAUGGAGCCACCGCUGCGCUGGAAGAACUGGUUGCCCAGGCCGUGCGUGGCAGUGCCAGUGGCAUGAGGCAGGGCAGUAUUGAUGUGUCCCAUGCGUUUUGGCUUGCGGCUUGCUUCGGGAAUUGCAGUGCGGAGCUGGUGGAUACCUUGCUGGAUCUGCGGGCCGAUGUCAAUGAGCAGUUCCACCUCAGUGUGAGACAUCCGGUGGGACUGCUGGUCAAAGUCAUGGCCCUGAAGCAUCGUUUUGGCAAGCAGACACACUUCAGCAGAAUGAGCUUCCAUGCCAAGGGUGCUACUCCUUUGAUGCAAGCAGUGAUGGGGGGACAGUAUGAAGCGGCCGCAGCUCUCAUUGCCAGGGGCGCACGCUUGGACUUGCGCAACUCGCAUGGCUACACUGUGGCAGACCUAGCCAAGGGCCGAUCGCCGCCGGUGUUUCUAGUGCAAGCCUUUGCGGGGCAAUUGGCCGGUUGCUUGAGGGUGGCGUCGCUGGCGCUGGGUUCGGGGUACGGAGAGGAGGGGGAGACGGAGGAGAACGAUGUGAUGAUCGAGGUGCAUUUCUGAGGGCGCUGUGCGCACCAUUCUGACGCGUGGUGUGCUGCGAUCCGGCAUUAGAGCUGAUAUGGCAGUCUUUGAAUUAUAGUUAUACACGUAGUUGGUCUAUAUAACUACCAGUAUUUUCAUGUACAGUUUUUCCUUCUGUUGUUGGCGGGUGGAAGAACACCCGUCAUGGACUGUUUUUGCGUGGAGAGAGAUUUCCCCAUCUCAAGCUGUCUCCCUCCUCGUGAUAUACCCUGCACCCUUGCGAGAUCAACAAGAGUGAGUUCCAGCCCGGCUUCAAAUUCAG